UAUGCCUUCCCUCCAAAAACAGAGCAAACCUAACGAUAAAAGAAAAUUCUCAGAAACCCUCUCCAUCAUCGUCUUCUUCUUCCUCUCCCAGAAAUGGCUGGCGAUCUCUUCCGACGUAACAGACCUUUCUAUCUAAUCGAUGGUUUCUACACCGAAUGGUCCGAACACCUAAACAAACGCUGCAUCCCUCUCUUCCGGGAUUCUCCUCCUUCCGCCGUCAAUAACGGCGCCGUCUUCAGCGACUUGAUCUCCUACUACGACACUAUCGACCACUACGCGAACAGAGACACCAUCUCCUACUUCCUUUUCCCCUCGUGGCGCGUAAACUCGCUCGAGACGUCGAUUCUCUUCCUCGGCGACAUCCAUCCUCAUCUUUUCUUCAGUCUCGUCCAAUCUUUCAGAGACCCGAACCGCGAUCACGGAGAUCUCGCUGCGUGGAGAGCCUUGGCGUUUCCAGCGAACCACUUCGUCGAUGACGUCAAGAACAAGAUUAACAACACGGUCUCUCGUCUGCUACGUGAGAUGAGCGAAGCUCAUGAGCGUUUCAUACAAGGUUGCUCGGAUAAUUGGGUCUCGUGGUUUCAUUCUUCUCAGCGUGGGAGACAGAGCGUGACGGUUAUGGAGACGGCAGCUUCGGUGACGUUGGGUGAGGAGUUUGUGAGAAUCUUCCGUGAAGCGAAUCAACUGAGGAAGACUACGAUCGCCGACAUUGUUGAUUUAUCAAACGAGAAUCAAGCGGCUCUGUUUCUUGAAGGCGUAUGCGAGUUUCUUGCAGGGUUUAGACAUCAGCUUGCACAUGUACCGGCUCGGUUUUUUGCUAACCAGGCUUCACCACAUUAUCUACUUGCUUAUCAGCAAAUGAUGCAGCAGUAUGCAGCUCAGCUUCCACCACCUAACUACAGUACUGCUCCGCUCAUGAUCCGGAACCAACCUGAACGGUUACACGAUAUAUACGUUUGGAACUUAGACCUGAAUGUCACGCGUGAUAUGCUACGACAGAUGUUCAGACGUUAUCCUUCGGUUAGGGUGGUACAGAUUGAGAAUGACACCGGACGUAACCAAAAAUAUGGUGUUGUUAGCUUUGCAGAUGAAAGGGAGAAAAGACGUGCUAUGCAUGAAAUGAACGGUGCUCCACUUUUAAAUAGGCCAAUGGAUAUUCGCCGUGCAGCUCACAGCAAUACCUAGCCUCACUUUCCUUCUUAUAUACUUGAGAUUGAUACUAAAGCAGUUUCUAGGUCUCUUUGGUUUUUGUAAAAGAUUUAUUUCUCUUUAGCUUUGCUUCUCUCUCUUAUGCCUUAAUCUGUAAACUGAACCAGAAGAU